ACUUGCGCCGCCAGGUCGUAGUAUAAAGCUAACCUCACCUCCACACAAAAACAUCAUCCGUUACUCGAUCAUCAAUUUCAUCAUUCUAUUGCCAAUACAGUUCUUGCGAAACACACACACAUACACACGGCGACUCAAGAUCAUGGCGGCUGCCAGAGAAAGACGACUGCCGCAGCUUCACCUCAAGCUCGACGCUCCCACGUGGGCCUUCCGGUGCCCCGCCCCGGCGCCGGUCACCGCGGCGACGCCGUCCACGUUGGCGGCUCGGCCGGACGGCGAGUUCCGCCUGAUCGACUUCUACCAGCUCUCCGUCCUUGGUCGCGGGAACGGCGGCACCGUCCACAAGGUCUCGCACCGCCGCACGUCGGCGCUGUACGCGCUCAAGAUCAUUCACCGCGGCCACCCCGGCGCCGACGAGGAGGUAGAAGUUGUACGGCGCGUCGACUCGCCGCACAUCGUCCGGUGCCACUCGGUGCUCCCGACGGCGUCCGGCGACUCCGCCUUACUCCUCGAGCUGAUGGACGGCGGUUCGCUCGACUCGCUCGUCCGCGCCGGCCAGGGAGGCUUCCCGGAGGAGGCGCUGGCGGAGGUGGCCGCGCAGGCGCUGUCCGGCCUGGCGUACCUCCGCGCCCGCCGCGUCGUCCAUCGCGACAUCAAGCCUGCGAACCUCCUGGUCAACAGUGGCGGGCAGGUCAAGAUCGCCGACUUCGGCAUAGCCGAGGUCGUCUCCCGCGCCGGCAAAUAUCGCGCGGCCUACGAGGGUACCGCCGCGUACAUGAGCCCCGAGCGCUUCGACACGGAGCGGUCGUUGCAGGGCGACAGCGACGAGGAGGGCCCCGUCGACCCCUACGCCGCCGACGUGUGGGGGCUGGGGGUGACCGUCCUGGAGCUCCUCGUGGGGCGCUACCCGCUGCUCCCCGCCGGGCAGGAGCUGACCUGGGCGGCGCUCAUGUGCGCCGUCUGCUUCGGCGAGCUGCCGGCACUUCCCGACGGCGCGGCGUCGCCGGAGCUCCGGAGUUUCGUGGCCGCUUGCCUGCAGAAGGAACACCGGAAGCGGGCGUCCGUCGGGGAGCUGCUCGUGCACCCGUUCGUCGCCGGGAGAGACGUAGCGGCGUCGAGACGGGCGCUACGCAAAUUGAUCGAGCAGCGGUGUUGAUAGACACGCGCGUGUAAAUGUUGAACUGUCACAUUCUCGAAUCGUGAAUACCUAAGCUAGGCAUUUGCACAUACAGACAGUGGACCAUACUUUGAGCUUCGAAGGGUCUCGCUCCCUGAGAGCAUCUCCAGCCCAUACCUUAUACACUACUGGAAUAACCAUAUAUGCCUACG